AUGGCAGAAACAACAGCAGCUGCAAAUGGAAUUCCAAACUCCACAACAAUGUCAAAGUUAGAUUCAACCACGCAUAUCCCAAUCGCGCAGCUUACGCCAUUACUUCCAGCAUCGGCUUCGAGAUCAGUCAAAGCGGUAGUGACUCUCACAUGGCCAUAUAGUUCCCGUACGGGCUCUGUGGCUUUCUUACUUGCCGAACCCGAUUUCCGCUUGCGCAGAAUCAGAGGUCAAGUGCGCGUACAGUUUUCAGGAUCGUCUGCGAACGCUAUUGCGAAGUCUGGUAUCACUAGCGGAGAUGAAGUGAUCUUAUGUUUAGAUGGAGUGGAAUAUGUGGGAACUGAAGCUCCAAGUGCGACACCUGGAAGGGGUGUGGAGUUUGAAUUGAAGUUCACGGAUAAACUGUUACUUCAGUUUCGCCCUGAAGAUUCCCAAGAUGUCAAGCUUAUCAGCAUCGAGAAAUCCGAUCCCGAAGCUGUUCAAACAAAUGCGUCCCCGCCCCCGCCCACCACAGCGACAGAUCUAGAGACCGAAAACCAAAUCCCAGAAAUCCCAGCAACGCCUGUUUCAUUUUUCAAGCAAGUGGCUUCACAGAAUGCAGAUGAGUACUCCUCUCCGGCUUUCCUGAAACGUGAGCGAAUAUCAUACGGUUCAAUGUUCGAAGAAGGCUACGACCCAUUUGAGGUUGAAGAUGGGUCAGUCCGUGGUAAAGGCAGAAAGAGAACUAGACUCAGUACAUCAUGGCGAUUUACGAGCAGGUCACCAAGUCCCAGUCCAGAGGUCGAAGAACCGGUAGCAGCAUCUUCUGAAAAUGGAAUUGAGGAGCCAGUAGACCAACAUGCGCCAUCAAUGACGGAUGAGGGUGUUCAAACCACAGAGGUUGAAACUGAGGUAAUCGCCGAAGCGACGCAAACACUAGACCAAGAUUUGCCCAAAAUCACGGAGGAAGCGGAGGCAAAUGACAUCGUAGAGGUUUUGCAUGCAGAAGCUCCAUUACAGGGAACACCACAGGUCGAAGAUGGGGACACAAAGCCAAUGCCGCCUCCACAUAAAGUGACUGAUUCUGUCAUUCCAGACUUCGAGCCACGGGAAAGCUCAUCCGAUAAAGUAGAUGAAAAGUUACCUUCUUCCCCACAACUACGACCUUUGCCAUCAGAAGGUCUUCCUUUAGUCUCUCCACUGGUAACAACCCGAGUUGAGAAGAUCAACAACUACAUACAUAGUGAACAUACUCAAGAUCUCGAAAUACCAACUGCUCCAGAUGCGCUUCCAGCGGAGUCUGAUAAACUGAUAUCAUGUCACAGAAAAGAAGACAACGUGUAUGAUGCCAGUUCUCUGCAUCACUCGAACGGUCAGUUGAAGUCGGACCAGACUGCCUAUAAUACCUCAUCAAUUCUUUCUGGGGACCAAUAUGACCCCCUAAAUACUCAGAACACCUUUCCUCCUCACCAGCAACGUCAAAUUGAGGUUGAGGAUGGUGCUGAUCAAUUAUUUGUCCCGUACAAUGCUCCUGGGCCAGAAUCCUAUAUAUCAGCCGGUGUUUACGAAGAGAUACCAGAAGAACAAGGCCAAUUCGUUGCCCCCGAGAUGGAGGAGGGCCUGGAUCAAUACAACUAUCCCGAUCCAGAGCAGACUUACACAGAACCAAGCAAUUGGACAACUCAGCCUAGCAUGGCCUAUCCCAACCUCGGAGACAGUCAUCAACAAAUUGCCGGUUUAUACCGUCAACUACCCUCCACGACAUCUAUGGUUCGGUCCCAAAGCGACCAAUCUCAUCAAUCCAGUCACACCCAUCAAUCGCAUCACUCUCCCCCAUCUAAAGUUGUAGACUUGACCGAGAGUAGUGAUGAGGAUGAAGAUGCUGAGGGAUUUCUUGAAGUAGAAGAUGAUAGUGAGCAGCAGCUGCCCAACUCGGCUUCCCCAGUGGAGCAUGGCGAGCAAGGUCUUUACAAUGAUGCAAGGGAAGAAGAUGAAGACGAGGAAAUUAUUUACGAUGAUCAGAACGAAACAGAUGACUAUGGACAGGGCUACUUCGACGAAAAUGAUGAGAAUAUGGAUUCAAUGGGUAGAGUCAACUAUCCCGAAGAUUAUGAAAACGGCAGUGAAGAAGAUUACGACGGAGAUAGCUACAGUGAGGAUGAGACAAGUAAUCAAGCGGCAGUACAGCAACACCCCGAAGUAAUAGAUCUUUUGUCCUCGGACGAUGAAGAUGAGGAGCCAGCGGAAGCCCCAGUUGCUCAAAUCAGAAACAGUCUUAAGGUUGACGAGAAAUUUGAAUCGGGGGAAGAGUCACAGGAAUACGAUGAUAACGGAGAGGAAGAAGAGGACGACGAAGAGGAAGAAGAGAAAGAUGGAGAUGAAAGUCUGGAUGUUGUUGGCGAACAGGUUCAAAACGUUAGCAUCCGUUCUACAAAGUCCAAAGAAUUCGUGAGGGAGUCUUCAGAAGAGUCAGAUGAGGACGAGCCAAUGGCAAAUGAAAUAACGCUAGUCAACGACCGCAUCGACAUCAUCAAACCCGACGCAGAAAUGCCCGAAAAUGUAUUGAAUAUAUUGGGCUCUGAUCUUGACGCGCAAAUGGAUGCAGAUGAAAGCGUGCUUGAGCCAGAGGGCGCAAAGCAACCUCCACCACAAGUCAAUCUCGAGGAUGAGAAUGCUAUCGAACUAGAUUCUACUGAGCCUAUGGACAUCGAGACCAAUGUAACCAAUCCAUCUGCUGCCAUUGACAAGAUGGAUGUCGAAAAUAAUACAGACAAUCUCGAUGGCUUACUCGAAAAGCUAGAGGAAGUGGGUUCUGAAAAGCAGCUGGAACAGGGGUCUGCAAAUACCAACAGUGAUGUACCCCAGAGUGAUGAUGAAAUUUUCAAGAACGGCGUCGAGAAUGUGGAAAAUGAGGAUAUUGACCAAAAUUCGAAUGAUGCAAUUGCUGAGGAGACUUCUUCGCAAGGACCCGAAACAAUCGAAAUGACGGACGAUAUACGAACAGCGACCGAAAUUGUACCUGGCCCUACACUGGCCGGUGGCAAUGCAAAUACUAUGAGUGUUGCACUCGAACAUUUCCUACCAUCACCAAUCACUUUAGAGGAUUCUAAUGUUUCAACAGUACCUGCUUCCACAGGUCAAAGUAUUAAGGAUCGAGCUGCCAAGUCUGAUGGCGCAAACGAUACAAGCGAUGCAAAUGAUACCAGUGAUGCGAAUGAUACGGGCGAUGAAGGCGACAAAGAUAAUAAAGAUCUAAUCUCCUCUCCUGCGGUGCCAGCGACUGAAUUGAAAAACGAAUCAGAGUUGAUUGAUGAAUCAGACCAAAUGACACAGUCCCAAAGCACUACUGAUGCCCUUGAUACCACCACAGAUCAUCAGAAUAAUCAGCUUCCAACACCUGACGAUACUCAAAAGCAGAACAUCGAUGAGAAUAUUGAUAGGGACGAUGAUGAGGACGCGUUAACGUCGAUGUCAGAUCUACUUCAACUUCAGUUACAAGAAGAGAUGGGAGAGAUGGAUGAAGAUACAGAUAUGAUGAAAACUGAUGCAGGCAUCGAGAAGGAUCCAUCACCGGACUUACUUGAGAAUGAAGACAUAGAUUCUUCUCAAGAGGAGCCUGACACGAUUUUGGAUGUAGCUCCAGACACGAGCGCGAUAGAUGAAGACGACGAGAUGGUUGAUCCCGAGUCCGAAGACAUAGAGGUUCAAUUUACUAAGACAGAAAUACUUGAGCUCAAAGAAUCCGAAACUACUGAAAUCGAAGUCAGGCAGGUCAGCGAGGAGAUUAUCGAGGAAGAUUCAGCCGGGAGUGCGGAGGAAGAUGAUACUGAGGCAAAUAAAGCAGAAAAUUUUGAAGAGAUCGACUUAACUGUUGAUAAAGUUGAGGAGUCUGGGGAGAAAGAUUUGGAGAUGCAUGAAGGUGGAGUAUAUGAAGAGGGAGUUUCGGAUGUUGACGAAGAUGAGGUAUUCAGAGAGGGCGCUUCGGAUAUUGAUGAGGAUGAGGUGUUUAGGGAGGGCGUUUCGGAUGUUGAAGAUGAAGAAUCUGGAGAGGGAGAGGCGGGGAUCGAACAAAUCGAAAUCAAUGUCAGGGAAGCCGAAACGACGGAGUUCAAAACUCAACAGACUCUUGCAAGAUUGGCCGAAAACAGCAUUUUUGAGAAAGACUUGGAGACUUUUGAGGUCAUGGAAGAGUAUAUCGAGCAAACCAUUGAGGAGACUGAAGCUGUCGCCGAUGAAACCGAGGCCUUUGUGUCGGAGAAAUUCAGACGAGCACCUCUCAAUUCUUUACCUCCCUCUAGAAGCCGUAGCCGCAAAGAAUCUACACCUGAAUCUAGGAAAAGCAAAAAAGAAUCAACCCCGGUCAGCCCUAGACAAACCCGGUCCAGCAAAGAUCUUUCACCUUCACCUGAUUCUAAGAGGAGUAGGAAAGCAUCAGCGACUGUAAGUCCUAGACAAACACGAUCUAAGAAGUUGGAGUCAGUUGUGGAGGCUAUUCCUCCUGUUACACCAACAAAGACAAACAAAGAGAACGAGAGGCCAUCUACACAUGGUAGCAAUCGCUCUAGAAGGUCACCAUCUCUAGUUCUUGACGAAGAGAAAACACCAAAAGGCCCAGAUACAAGCGCUGAAAUGGCAAUACUCGGAUUACCCGAAUCGCCUACAAAAGCCGGCCAUCACCUAAGAGCACCAGCAACUACCGAUCCGAAACUCCGUCUGACUAAAUAUCUUCGUACUGAUUUGAGUGAAUACACAACUCUCAAAAUGCUUCGUUUCAAAAUGAACUCUAAACUGGAUAUUUUGGCAAUCGCUACGAGUGUACCUACUGAACCUCAAAGAGCAAACCCUUCCGGCGUAGUGGAAGUAAAAAUCUUCCGUCCAUAUAGAGAUGCUCUUCCCACACCUGAAAUUGGAGAUGGUAUAUUACUGAGAGAUUUCAGCGUCUUAUCAGUCAAAGGCCGAGGUUUCACAUUGAAAUCUGAAGAAGAGAGUAGCUGGGCAGUGUUCAAGGAUGAGGGCACAGAAAUAGAAGUCCGGGGACCUCCUGUUGAAUAUGGUCAUGGGGAAAAGAAACAUAUGAAGGAAUUGAGAGAAUGGUUUCAUGCACUCGACGAUCGUCAAAAGACGAAAUUAGAAAAGGUUAGUGCAGCGAUGGAGAAGGAUACUCAGGGAAAGAGUGCCACGGAAAAGGGAAAGAAGUGA